AUGAAGCCUGGUCAGACUUGCGUUAGCUCUGUGAAGGAAGCGUAUAUAAGAAGAAGAAAAAAGACGCUCUUUUUUUCCAAUCUCUCUACCAAAGCUAUAACAUCAGAUUUCAUUGAUUUCUUCAAAGAUGCUGGACAGGUUGUACGUGUUCAGCGUCUUGUAAACCUCAAGGGCAACGUUAGGACUGAUGGCUUUGUCGAAUUUGCUUCUGCUGACGAAGCAGAGAAGGCCCUGCAAAAGAAGCAUUGUCGACAUUUGAACGGGCGUCAAAUUUUACUUGGUGUGGUUACUUGGAGUGAUACUGACUUUCCACCCAAGAAUUGCAGAGAUCACAAGUUUUUUUCCGAAGACUACCUUGGAGGAGAAAGUCUUGUUCAGGACAAAUCUAAAGGCGAUGCUAAGAAAGCGAAAGCGAGGAUCGAGUUUUUAGAGUUUUUAGGGAUGAAGUCAGGUCAGACUAGAAGCUCUGUGAAGGACUCACCGAAUUUGAAGUUGGAGGAAAAUUGGGCUAAGCUCACCGAAGGAUGCUCUUUCAGGAAAAAGAAUGCAUUCAGAAGUGAUAGCACAUACAGUAGCACUGGUGUCACCACAAGGGGAGUCACUGCUGGCUUGAGAGGGCUGCUGAAUCUCGGGAAUACCUGUUUUAUGAAUAGUGCAAUACAGUGUCUGGUUCAUACACCUGAGUUUGCUAGUUACUUCCAAGAAGAUUAUCAUCAAGAUAUAAAUCGGCAAAACCGUCUUGGCAUGGUUGGAGAAUUAGCUCUUGCAUUUGGUGACUUGCUUAGAAAGUUAUGGGCUCCUGGGAGCACACCAAUUGAACCCGGUCCAUUCAAAGAAAAACUUGCUUGCUUUGCUCCUCAAUUCAGUGGAUACAAUCAACAUGAUUCACAGGAGCUUUUAGCGUUUUUGUUGGAUGGUCUUCAUGAAGACCUAAACCGUGUUAAACACAAACCAUGUAUAAAUUCGCGAGACGCAGAUGGUCGUCCUGAUGAAGAAGUUGCUGAUGAGUUUUGGGCUAAUCAGAUUGCUCGUAGUGACUCAAUAAUCGUCGAUGUUUUUCAGGGGCAAUAUAAGUCAACAUUAGUAUGUACUCUCUGCAAGAAGGUUUCCGUAACAUUUGAUCCCUUCAUGCACCUAUCUUUGCCGCUUCAGUUCAACACUACACGAGCAAUAACAGUCACAGUUUUUUCUUAUGAUAAACCUGCCUUACCUUCCACAAUCACCGUCAACGUUGCAGAGGAGGGAUGUUGCAGAGACUUGACGCAUGCAUUAGCAAGUGCUUGUUCCUUAAAGCCAAGUGAAGAGCUGAAGCUGGCAGAGAUUCAAAAUAAUUUGAUCCAUAGAUUGUUUGAAGACCCUUUAAUUCCAUUGUCCACUAUCAAAGACGAUGAUCACCUUGCUGCAUACAAACUUUCAAAGUCUUCAGAGAAUACGGCUUUGCUUAGACUAGUAAUCCGCCGCAGAGAUCAGAAAAGGAAACGUGGAAGUACAGCACAAUUGAAACCCUAUGGAACACCUCUUCUCUCAUCAGCUUCACGUGAAAAUGCGCUCACGAAAGGUAUAAUCCAUUGCAUUGUCCAAAAUAUGCUUUCACCUUUUCGGAAGGAAGAAUCUGUGGGCAAGAGAGGAAAUUCUGAUGUUAGCAUCCCUGGGAGGUCAGCCCGGUUUAAUAAUUCUGAGGAAGAAGAUAAAAAUGGUGGAUUGAAAAAGGCCAAGAAAAGCAGUUCCUCUGAAGUGGGUGCAUCUAAAUUGUCCCUGCUACUCGUUGAUGAAAAUAAUAAAACAGUUAAUCUGCCAGAUGAUGAAUCGGAAGCUAUUAAAUUACCAUCAUCUGCAAUGGUAACUGCAUAUUUGGAUUGGACACCAGAGCUUUCUGGUAUGUAUGAUAUAACUUGCCUGAAAAGUUUGCCUGAAGUACUCAAAUACGGACCUGCUACCAAGAAGGCUCGUUCAGAACAACUUUCUUUAUAUGCAUGUCUGGAAGCGUUUCUACGCGAAGAGCCUUUGGUGCUUGACGAAAUGUGGUUAUGUCCACGAUGCAACCAAAAAAGGCAGGCAACUAAAAAGCUUGAUUUGUGGAGGCUUCCUGAAGUGUUAGUCAUACAUCUAAAGAGAUUCUCAAACAGCAGUUGCAUGGAGAAGUUGGAAACAUUGGUAAACUUUCCUAUGCAUGACUUAGAUUUAACAAAGUACGUAGCCAACAAAACCCUCUCUAAACCACAACUCUAUGAGCUCUAUGCCUUGACCAAUCAUUACGGUGGUAUGGGCAGCGGACACUACACUGCACAUAUCAAGCAUUUGGACGACAAUAGGUGGUAUAACUUCGAUGACAAUCAUAUAUCACAUAUAAACGAGGACGAUGUGAAAUCAGGUGCUGCUUAUGUGCUCUUCUACAGAAGGAAGUCUGAUGCAAGCGGGAAAGUGGAAAAUCUCUGA